AUGGCUGCCAACAACAUGGUGACGCCGGCUGUGAACCCGGAGAUCGAAGACGACCUCUUCCAAAAAGAGGUCGAGCAGGUCAAGGAGUGGUGGCGCGAUUCACGAUGGAGGCACACGAAGCGCCCCUUUACCGCCGAGCAGAUUGUCUCCAAGCGAGGCCAUUUGAAGAUUGAGUAUCCCAGCAAUGCUCAGGCUAAGAAGCUGUGGAAUAUCCUGGAGAACCGCUUUCAGAACAAAGACGCCAGCUACACCUAUGGCUGCUUGGAGCCUACAAUGGUGACUCAGAUGGCCAAGUAUCUCGACACUGUCUAUGUGUCCGGCUGGCAAUCAUCUUCAACUGCCUCGGCAUCUGACGAGCCCGGCCCCGAUUUGGCAGAUUACCCCUACACCACUGUGCCCAACAAAGUCGGCCAUCUAUUCACGGCCCAGCUCUUCCAUGAUCGAAAGCAGCGCCAGGAGCGUUUGAGCGUGCCCAAGUCUCAGCGAUCCAAAGUGGCCAACAUCGACUACCUUCGACCCAUCAUUGCCGACGCUGAUACUGGCCAUGGCGGUCUGACUGCCGUCAUGAAGCUCACUAAGCUCUUUGUUGAGAAGGGUGCUGCCGGUAUUCAUAUUGAAGAUCAGGCGCCCGGUACCAAGAAGUGCGGACACAUGGCCGGCAAGGUCCUUGUCCCCAUCAGCGAGCACAUCAAUCGCCUCGUUGCCAUUCGCGCGCAGGCUGACAUCAUGGGUGUCGACUUGAUCGCCGUCGCCCGAACCGACGCUGAAGCUGCGACUCUCAUCACCACCACGAUUGAUCCUCGUGAUCACGCUUUCAUCCUGGGCUCUACCAACCCUAACCUGCAGCCCCUGAACGAUCUUAUGCUUGCUGCCGAGCAGGCCGGAAAGUUUGGUGACGAUCUGCAGCGCAUCGAGGACCAGUGGAUGGCUUCUGCUGGCCUGAAGCGAUUCGACGACGCCGUCGUUGCUGCCAUUGAGGCCAGUGGUUCUCCUAAUGCUGCCAAGAUCAAGAGCGACUACCUUGCUCGCGCCAAGGGGAAGAGCAAUGCUGAAGCUCGUGCCCUGGCCAAGAGUCUCCUUGGCAAAGACGUCUUCUUUGAUUGGGACGCUCCUCGGACCCGAGAGGGAUACUACCGCCUGCAGGGUGGCUGUGACUGUGCCAUCAACCGUGCCAUUGCGUACGGCCCCUUCUGUGACGCCGUGUGGAUGGAGAGCAAACUGCCCGACUAUGCUCAGGCCAAGGAGUUUGCCGACGGUGUCCACGCCGUAUGGCCCGAGAAGAAGCUCGCUUAUAACCUCUCGCCCUCCUUCAACUGGAAGACCGCCAUGCCCCGCGAGGAGCAGGAGACGUACAUCCGCCGCCUCGCACAGCUGGGGUACUGCUGGCAGUUCAUCACGCUUGCCGGCCUGCACACCACCGCUCUGAUCAGCGACCAGUUCGCCCGCGCCUACGCCUCCCACGGCAUGCGCGCAUACGGCGAGCUCGUCCAGGAGCCCGAGAUGGAGCAGGGCGUGGACGUGGUGAAGCACCAGAAAUGGAGCGGCGCCAACUACGUCGACGAGCUGCAAAAGAUGGUGACUGGCGGAGUGAGUUCUACGGCGGCCAUGGGUAAGGGCGUGACCGAGGAUCAGUUCCAUUAG